UGUUAUCUCAAAGACGUUUACUGCUUUUUAAUGUGCCUCUCCUCACGUAAUGCAGUGGAGCUUCCAGUACAGUGUGUGUCUUUAUCUCAGCACAUCUAAAAAUAGCACUGGCCAAAGUCACAAUUGUCUUCCGCCGAUGACGAGCAAACAAAAGAGAGAGGCGCUUUCUUUUUGUUUUGUUUUUUUACAUCCCUGGUACUACAGGUACUGAUGCACUGCAGGAUUAGUUUUGUUAUCAUCCAUAGUGUUGCUGCUGCGUAAAGGUCACAUGGUACUAGAGCCCCUGCUGUAAGAUGAGAGGCAGCUGCCUGCAGGUCAGCGUCCUAAAAUAAAAGUGGUCCCUUGUGUAGACGUCCAAACGUGUGGCAGCGGACCGCCUGAAAGGGAUUGUUGCACAACUUGUGCCGUCAUGGCGGCAGAUGGCGUCCCCCACCCGGCCACGCUGGACGAUUACUCCCUGUACGGGAACCUGAGUGACGACGAGCUGCUGCAGCUGGCCAUCGAGCGCAGUCUGGCCGAUGUCCAUGCUGACUUCGCCCUGGACACGCCCCCUAACCCGCAGCUUCCUGACCCAAAGACCAACAAGGCGAGCGACAGCUGCCAAAUUUCACCUGUGCAGAAAACCGCUCCCCACUACAGCUCGCCAAACCCUCCCAGUCAAAAGCCUCCUGAUGCGAAGACCUUUGAUGGGACUGUCGGUUGUUUCAUGACCGGUUCUGGGAAGAAGAUGCUGGCUUAUCGAAGGUGUGACGGCACCGUGGUCCACAUCGCUCCAGAACCUCAGGAGGAGGAAGAACCUUUGUUUCAAGCCAUCCGGGUCGGUGACGUGGGCCGAGUGAAAGUUCUCAUCACGUGUCCUGGAAGCAACCUGAUGCUCCCCAGCAAACCAGGCUGGAUGGCCAUCCAUCAGGCUGUGUUGUUCGACCAGGAGGCCUGUCUGAGAAUCCUCCUGUCGGCCCAGCGGGGGAUGGUCAACAAACGCACAGACCGUGGUGAAACUGCCCUGCUGGUCGCCGUAGGCAGGGAGCAUUAUCAAUGUGCUCAAUUUCUCCUGGAGAACGGAGCUGAUCCCGACAUGCCCAACCAGGAUCAGGAGACUCCACUGUAUAAAGCCUGCGAAAAGAACAACCCUGCACUGGUGGCGUUGCUGCUCAAUCACGGUGCAGCGAUCAACACUCAAUGUUUUCAGGGCUGGACGGCCCUCCAGGAGGCCGCCUGCCGCAACAACGUGGAGAUCUGCCAGAUGCUUCUGAAGGGAGGAGCCAAACACAGUCUGAGUAAUAUUUACGGCAUCACACCUUUGUUCACGGCUGCUCAGAGCGGGCAAGUGGACACGCUGCGCCUCCUGGUCAAACACGGUGCAGACAUUAACAGUCAAGCUUCCGAUGGAGCGACGGCGCUUUAUGAAGCUUCUAAAAACGUACAUGAGGAAAUUGUGAAGUUCCUUCUUUCCCAGAAAGCAGAUGCCAACAAAGCGGGAAAAACCGGACUGCUGCCGCUUCACAUCGCCACCCAGAAGGGAAGUGACUGCAUCGUGUCCUUGUUGAUCCCGGCGACUAGCAAAGCGAGAGUCCGCCGCUGUGGGAUCAGUCCGCUUCACGUAGCCGCCGAGUACAAUCGUGACGACGUCUUAGAGUCAUUGAUCCAGGCUGGUUUUGAUGUCAAUGCUCAGCUUUGCGAGCAGCGUUCCAAUUUGUAUGAGGACCGACGUAGCACGGCGCUCUACUUUGCCGUCAUCAACAACAACAUUGACAACGUUCGCUUACUGCUGGAAUCUGGCGCUGAUCCAAACCUGGAUGUGUUCAGGCCGCUCAUGGUGGCGGCGAGGCAGGGCUGCGUGGAGACGGUCACGCUGCUGGUGGAACACGGUGCUGACGUCAACGCCUGCAUCCCCACCCACCCCACCACCUUCCCGGCCAUUUAUAUGUUCUCCAUGAAGUAUCUUCCCAUGUUCAAAUAUCUACUGGACAACGGAGGCCACGCCCUCUCCUGUUUCCAGUGUGUGUACGGGGCCGGACCACACCCGCCGCUCCAAACCACCAGGUCUCACAGAGGUCACCUGGACAGCCCUGCGAGAGGACCCCCAGACAACCUCGGGCGAGGCGUUCAGUUCUGCGAAAUGAUUUCCGCCCCCAGCAUCAGUCGGUGGGCGGGGCCAAUCAUUGACGUGCUGUUAGACUACGUCGGUCAUGUGACCCUCUGCUCUCGACUAAUGGAACACUUGGACAGUUUUGAAGAUUGGAGCAUCAUUAAAGACAAAGCAGCCGUGCCACGGUCACUGCUGCAGUUGUGUCGGAUGCAGAUUGUACAGCUGGUUGGACGGCGGCGGCUGAAGAGGUUACCGCUUCCUGGAGGUCUGAUCCGUUUCCUGCGACACCAGGAAGGUUACGGUGGCGUCUGAAGAAUUGCAUGCAACGACUUGAUGGGGUUUUCACAGCAGAACUAAAACGCAAACGUGAGUGGAGCACGGAGUAUGUUUUAAUGUUUUAACGGGUUGCGGUUGCACGGUGCCACUCUAUCAAUGCCGCCGUGUGAAAGCAUGGCAGAAACUGCCAGUGGUUACGUUGCUGCUAGCUGCUAAGCAGUGUAGGGAAUAACCGCGUUCAAAAUAUUCUUUUUUUUCCCAGUAAUGGCAAUCGAAUUCCUAAGUCUUUUAAACGUUACAACGCAGCCGAAUGUUAAAUAUGAUGGCUUGUCACGUGCUGACUGCUUGCACUACGUUAGUGCUUUAUUGACGACUAGAUUACACAAGAUUUUUGUCUUACCUUUUUUUGACUGCAUGAAUACAAGAAUUUCCCCACUUUGAGACAAAGAAAGCAUAUUUUAAUUCACCAUUAGUGAUGAUGAUGUUGAUGAUGUCCUUUCUUUCUGUUGGACGUCUACAGGAAAUGAUUUCCUCAAAGUAAACACAUUCCUGCUCAAACACAAACUUCCUGUUGAUGAAACUCAAUGUGUUCCUGUAGAUCAGUGGUUCUCAACUGGUUUGGCUGCAGGACCCACCAGCCCCCCUUAGUGGCAAGUCCCCCCCCCCCAACUCAAAAUUCUAAAAUAUGUAAUAUUUAAAGCAGGGCUGUCCAAAGUACAUACAGAUAUGAUUCAACAAGAAAAGAUAUCGGCGGAUAUCUGCAGCUGUGUGCCAGACAGGGGCGUCACUAGGUUCUGAGAACGGGGGGGCUUAGCCCCCUGGAAAUGCACAGGAUAUGAAUGAAUGUAUAGUAGACAUUCAAAAAAAUCAAAAAAACGGACCGGGAUAUAACUUUCCCACUUUUGGACAGAUUUAAUAGAGAUACUCAAUUGUUUUAGGCCUCCAUUAAAUUUACACAAGUACACACCAUCUACACUGCAAAACCACUGCUCAAGCUCUGCAACCAUU